AUGGUGGAGAAACUCAAUGUGGAUGAGAACAUCGAUCGCGUUUCAGUGGUGCAGUACAGCAGGGAACCUUCUGCUGAAUUUUUCCUGAACACACACAAAACAAAGCAGAGUAUGGCAGACAAUGUGCGAAGUCUAAGGCAUAGAGGAGGCACACCACUCUAUACUGGUGCAGCCCUCCAGUAUGUCAAGGAUCAUGUUCUCACAGCCUCUUCUGGAAGUAGGCAUCAACAGGGCGUCCCUCAGAUUUUGGUUCUCUUAACUGGCGGACGGUCCAGUGAUGAUGUCAGAAAUGCUGUAGAAAACUUGAAAGGAAUGGGUGUGAUGGUAUUUGUGGUGGGAACAAAGAAUGCAGAUGCCCUUGAGAUUCAGUCUAUUUCACAGGAAGCCAGUCGUGCUUUCUUUGUAGCAGAUCCCAGUGAUCUGUCAGGAAUUGAACAACAAAUAUUUUCUGCCACCACCAAGGCUGAAACCCCUGCUAUGAAACCAGCAUCCUAUGAUCCCAGCAGAAGAGAUGUUGUAUUCUUGCUUGAUGGCUCUGAUGAUUCUGAGCAAAGAUUUCCAGAUAUUAAAGACUUUGUACAGAGAAUGGUGGCAGACCUAAACGUUGAUGCAAACAAAGAUCGUGUGGCUGUGGUUCAGUACAGCAACACAGCAGAAACAAAUUUUAACUUGGGACAUUACUUAACAGAGGAUGAUGUCCUUGAUGCAGUACAAGGUCUAAGACACAAAGGAGGUUAUCCUCACAACAUUGGAGCAGCUCUUCAGUAUGUGAGGGAUCAUGUAUUUACUUCUGAGUCAGGAAGUAGACUCCUGGAGGGAGUUCCACAGAUACUGAUACUACUGAGUGGUGGAAGAUCUGGAGAUGACAUAAGAACCCCGGUCAGAAUACUGAAAGAAAGUGGUGUCAUCCCAAUUGCCAUCGGAACAACUGAUGCUGAUACCCUGGAGAUACAGACAUUAUCUCAUGAACCCAAUUAUGCACUCUCUAUUACUGAUUAUAAGGAACUUCCUGCUGCUACACAGGAUGUGUUUUCAUUGUUAAGAAAGGCUUCCCACCAUUUAGAGCACACUGCUCCCACAAAGGGUUUUGGUAAGGUGUAUUGUUUUUACCUUUUGACUAAAACAUUAUUUUGUAAAGAAAAUAAGAUAAUGGGGAAUCAAAGUUGACUGUCAUUGUUGCUGCUUACCCAUUCCCUGCAGAAAAUCACACUGCCUUUGUCUCCACAUUUG